AUGCAACAGUACAGAUCUUUCUACGUGGUUGUGGUUGUAACGUUUUCGGCGAAGUCUCUCUCGGUUGCGCUGUCGGCCUCUAGCACGGAGGCGAAGUCUGCAAGCUUUGAAACUUCAGUUUUGACGACGGAGAUGAAUUUCGUGCUUGCUGUGUGCGCUGAGGAGAAGCGGGAGGUGUGUGCUGAGGAGAAGCAGGAUUUGGAGAAUGAUCAAUCGAGGUCGGGCCUUCUAAGAGCUAAAUAUGAUGUGGAUGGGAAAAAUGGAUCACAAGAACGAGUCCAUAUGUUGGUUGAAAUUGGAAAUCUCUCAGCUGGUUCAUAUGGGAAAACGCAGAAAUUGCAAGCUAGAAAUGGACUGUUUACACCCUUGGAACUUAAUUGGAGAAAGGCUGAGUUUCGUCCUUAUAAAGCGAAGAUACUGGAUCUUGUUCAGACUAAGGAAACUGGAAAAGAACCUGAUAGGCUGGAAACAUUUGAAGAUACUUAUACAAGAAAGAAGGGGACCUAUGUGAAUGGGUAUAAUGCAACCCUAAUUGAGAAGGCGUAUACUCUUAGACAAGAAGGUUCGUUUGAUAAUGAACAAAUUUUUCAGAAGGUGCAUGGGCCAGAGCAUCCUGGGAGGGUUCGUUGUGCUGGUUUGGGACCAACGCCAUCGACUUAUUUGGGGCCUUCUUGUUCUUCAGCUUCAAUAAAUUCUACCACGACAUCAAACUCUAACGAGGUAGACGCUCUAAAAAGUGAAGUGAUAGAACUGAGAAAUGAACUGGCGAAAGCAAAAAGUGAGGUAGUUGAACUGAGAAGUGGGAUGGAUCAGCUGCAACUGGAAGUAGACACACUGAAGACACUGUCCUUGCAACAUAUUCGUAGGGAGAAGGGGUCAAUGGAGGGUUCAAUUCGUGCACCAUCUUCAUCAAGCCAAAGUGCUACACGGGGUUGACAAAAGCUCCAGGAAGAGAGAGAAAGUCCCCUCUAACUACAAGCGAUGCACCAAGUGAGUCAUAUCAUAUAUCAUAUAAGAUGAUGUAAUUUGAUUUGGAGCUGUACAUGUAAUUUGAUUUGGAGCUAUAUGUUUUGGUUACAUUUGUAACAGGAUAAAGAUGAGCUGUUGGUGAUUCUGAAGAAAGCCUAAGUUCAAUAUUAUGGAUUUAGUUGGAACUUUAUAUUUGUUAAAGUUUACUUUGGUAGUAUUGUGUAGUAAUAAUGUGUACUUUGGAAAUUAGCAUUGUGUGGCAUGGAUAAUGGAGAAUAUUGUAGACUUUGAAGGUACUUUGCAUGUAUAGUUUAUGAGAAUUU